AUGCCGAGACUGCCAUCAUCCCAGGCGGGCUCGUCUGUCGGUCAUGCCGCGCCGGCAUUCCCCCCAGUGACCGACGCUUCCGAACCCGACCAGCCAACGGACGAUAGCCAACUCAGCGUCCUCACGCUCAACGUCUGGGGUCUAAACUACAUCUCCAAGCUCCGCGUGCCCCGAAUCAAAGCCAUAGCCACCCAUCUCGCGUCCCGUUCUACACCGAACUACGACUUUGUGUGCCUGCAAGAGAUCUGGUACGAAUCCAAAGACUGGCGCUUCCUCAAGCACGCGCUCGCUGCACGCUAUCCGCACUCGAAAUUCUUCUACUCGGGUGCCUUCGGUUCUGGCCUGGCCAUCCUUUCGCGGUGGCCCAUCCUUGAGAGCGAUACUCAACCCUAUUCGCUGAACGGGCAGCCGAUCAACGUGGGACAGGGCGACUGGUUUGUGGGCAAGGCUUGCGGGUGCGUCACCGUCGACCAUCCGAGGUUGGGGCUGGUCGACGUAUGGAACACCCACUUCGUGGCUGCGGGCGGCGAGGAUGGGCCGGAGUACAAGAGGUCGCAUCGCAUCACACAAGCGUACGAGCUGGCGACACAUUGCAGGAACAGCGCGGCGAGAGGACGACACGUGGUGUGCGUUGGGGAUCUGAAUUCGACACCGCCAUCGAUCGCGAUUGGACUGCUGCGGCAUGUGGGUGGGUUGUUUGAUAGCUUCUUGGACUCACAUCCGCAGCUCCCGGAGCAAGCGACGUCGCUGGAUGCGGGAAUGCAAGGAGCUGGAGCGAAUACGGGACACCGACCAGACCGACACCGACCAGACCCGCAAAGGGCGAUUCAGGAGCUCGGCGUCACAUGCGAUUCACCGCUCAACACUUGGACCGCCGGGAAACCGCUCGAUGAGAGGGCAACCAGAGGCGCCGGCAAGAGACUUGACUACGUCUUCUUCCGUGGACCUGUGGACGCCGACUCGACGACUGGACCUGCGCUGUCCUAUGCAGCAUCGGCGUCUUCGCGCGGCAAGUUGGCGUGCAAAUCGUCCUCCGUCGUCGUCACCGACAUUGUUCCCGACCUCAACUGCUCCUAUUCCGACCACUUUGGUGUCGAGUCCAUCUUUGACAUCAUCUCAGAUCCUCCUCCAUCCACGUCAGAUGCUGCUCGCAAAGUCGGACAGCAUCGCGUCCUCACUGCAUCGCUGCACGCCCUGUCCGGCGGCUUCGCCGCCAGCCGCUCCACCCAGAUGAGCCACUUUUACGUCUUUGGCGCCGCGCUCCUGCUCGCCAUCAGUCUCAUUGUAGCAAGUAUUUUCCAGCCUCUGGGCGGGGUAAAUCCGGUAUUCGUGCUGCUAGCUGUCGUCGCGGGGUGGGCGGGUACGACCAUGCUGUACAGCGCGCUCGUGUGGGGCGAGUGGGAGAAGCGCACACUAAGGACGGUCAUGGAGCUCAUCGAGUUGGAGCUGGAGCAUUUGCGACCGUCGCAGAAUGGCGCUGCGUCGAGAACGAGCGCAGAUCAAGCUGCGACAGGAACACUCUUCUAG